AUAGGUAGUGGCUGGCUACUGCUGUUGGUCGUGACGCACGCGAAGCGAAGAGACACACUUAUUGUUGUCGCGGCGGCGGCGUUGCUGCUGCAGCGCGGGAGGGAGCACGAGCAGCAUGUGCUGGCUACUCACUUAGAAAUGGAAGAAAGUAACGAUUUGUACAGACUGGAAGGAACAGAUAAUUCUGAAGCAGGUGGCUUGAUUAUUGCUAAAAAGAAGCCUUCGGAUCAUACCUUUAAAAAGCCACAAACAUCAGUAUUUGGACUCGACAAGCUAGCGGAGCAAAAGCGUAGAGAAAAUUCUCAAGAACCUGGCAGAUCCAAAAAUUCUUCUGAUUCCCAUAAUACCAGAAGGUAUAGAACGUAUGCAGAGGAAACUCCAACCUAUACUGGAGGAGUUGAUAGAACUGCCAAGGAAAAACUAGAAGCUAGAUUAAAGCGUCAAAGGCUAGACAAAAAUGCCAAGUAUCGAGAUAGAGAGAGGAGAAGUGACAGAAAUGGAGACCGAGAUAGAGACAGAUACAGAGAUAGGGAUAGGGAUAGAAAUAGGCAUGGGGACAGUGCCAGAGGAGACAGAAGCAGUCACAGAGACUGGACUCCAAGAUUCAGAGAUGAGCCACAAACUCCAAAGUAUAGGAUAAAGGACACAACCUCCAGAACAAAUUGGGAGGAUGAUGAUGACGACGACGAGCCAAGAAGAAGAUCAACUUGGGAUCACCCCACUCCAAAUUUAUAUAGAGAAAGAGAUGCAAGGGACAGUAUAAGAAGUGAAUUCACACCUUCUUAUAAGUACAAUGCUUGGGUAAAAGAUCGUAAAAAUAGUGGUGCAACUCCUCUGGUUGAUGACGAAGAAAGGGAAUUGUGGGAAAAAGAGCAGAGAAGACUUGAUCGUGAAUGGUAUGGUCUUGGCGAUGACGAAUCCAAACACUUUGAUGAUGUCUCAGAGGAGUAUACACAGAAAAAAGAACAGGAAAUGGAGGCUAAAAAACAGAAAAGAUUAUCUGCGCAGCAGCGACAAAUCAAUAAAGACAAUGAAUUGUGGGAGCGUAACAGAAUGCUGACUUCUGGUGUUGUUAGUUCACUGGAUCAUGAUGAUGAUAUUGAUGACGAGGGAGAAGCGAGAGUUCAUCUGUUAAUACACAACGUUGUUCCGCCAUUUUUGGAUGGUCGCAUCGUUUUUACAAAGCAACCAGAACCUGUGAUACCAGUAAGAGAUCCAACAUCUCCGAUGGCUUUAGUCGCUAGAAAAGGCUCAGUCUUAGUACGCGCUUAUAGGGAACAAAAAGAACGCAGACGCGCGCAAAAGAAGCACUGGGAAUUAGCUGGAACAAAUCUUGGAAAUAUCAUGGGUGUGCAGGAUGCUCGCAAACAUGAUAAAGAAGCUCCAGGUCAAGAGACUGACUACAAAGCUGGGCAAAAAUAUGCCAGUCACAUCAAUGACGAGGUAGUUGUAGAAGGAAAACACAAAAAAAUUCAAGAACAGAGAAGGCGCCUUCCGGUUUUUGCUGUGAGACAGGAACUUCUUAACGUUAUUCGGGAAAAUAGCGUUGUGAUUAUUGUCGGUGAAACCGGCAGUGGCAAAACCACGCAAUUGACGCAGUACUUACACGAAGAUGGGUACAGUACGAACGGAAUGAUCGGUUGUACACAGCCGAGGAGAGUAGCAGCCAUGUCCGUCGCUAAAAGAGUAUCGGACGAAAUGGAUUCAAAUCUGGGUGAUAAAGUCGGCUACGCUAUUCGAUUCGAAGAUUGUACUUCUAAAGAGACAAUAAUCAAAUACAUGACUGAUGGUAUCUUGUUGAGAGAAAGUUUACGUGAAGGAGACCUUGAUCGCUACAGCGUUGUCAUUAUGGACGAAGCUCACGAGCGUUCUUUAUCUACAGACGUCCUAUUCGGGCUACUAAGAGACGUGGUUGCCCGACGACACGAUUUAAAGCUGAUCGUUACCUCAGCUACUAUGGAUUCGAGUAAAUUCGCCUCGUUCUUCGGCAACGCGGCGACGUUCCAGAUCCCUGGUCGCACCUUCCCAGUUGAAAUAAUCUUCAGCAAGAACCACGUUGAGGACUACGUUGAGGCGGCGGUCAAACAAGUAAUGAAUAUCCACUUGCAACACCGGCACGGCGACAUUUUAGUUUUCAUGCCUGGUCAAGAAGAUAUCGAAGUAACCUGCGAGGUGCUCAAAGAGCGGCUUGGUGAAAUCGAAGGCGCCGCUCCUCUGUCGAUUCUUCCGAUUUAUUCGCAGCUUCCCUCCGAUCUUCAAGCUAAGAUCUUCCAGCAAGCAAAGGAAGGAUUGCGAAAAUGUGUUGUCGCUACAAAUAUUGCUGAGACUUCGUUGACUGUCGAUGGCAUUGUGUUCGUCGUUGAUUCAGGCUUCUGUAAGCUAAAGGUCUAUAAUCCAAGAAUAGGUAUGGACGCUCUGCAGAUCUAUCCAGUGUCUCAAGCGAACUCAAAUCAGCGAUCAGGUCGUGCAGGUCGAACAGGACCUGGACAGUGCUUCCGCUUGUACACUGAACGCCAGUACCUUGAUGAACUCUUAAUCACGGGCGUACCUGAGAUACAGCGUACGAAUUUAGCUAAUACGGUUCUCCUACUAAAAUCCUUGGGCGUUCAAGACCUGCUGGCCUUUCACUUUAUGGAUCCGCCACCGCAGGACAACAUUUUGAAUUCUUUGUAUCAACUAUGGAUACUCGGUGCACUUGACAAUACCGGGAGGCUGACCGGCCUCGGUCGACAAAUGGCGGAAUUCCCAUUGGACCCGCCACAAUGCCAGAUGCUCAUCAUAGCUUCGAAGCUGGGGUGUACUGCUGAAAUUCUGAUCAUUGUUUCCAUGCUGUCUGUACCGUCGAUAUUUUACAGACCCAAAGGUCGCGAGGAAGACUCAGAUUCGGCUAGAGAAAAAUUCCAGGUACCCGAAUCUGACCAUUUGACCUUUCUUAAUGUCUACAACCAAUGGAAAACGAAUGGAUACUCAAGCUCCUGGUGUAACGACCAUUUUAUCCAUGCGAAAGCCAUGCGAAAAGUGAGGGAAGUUCGGCAGCAACUCGAGGAAAUUUUAAAGCAACAAAAAAUGGAGGUCAUUAGUUGUGGCACCGAGUGGGAUAUUGUACGCAAGUGCAUUUGCUCGGCGUAUUUCCACCAGGCUGCCAGGCUUAAGGGUAUCGGCGAGUAUGUCAAUUGUCGUACGGGUAUGCCUUGUCACUUGCAUCCGACCUCAGCGCUGUUCGGUAUGGGUUUUACUCCGGAUUACGUGGUGUAUCACGAACUAGUGAUGACGGCAAAGGAGUACAUGCAGUGCGUAACUGCGGUAGACGGACACUGGCUGGCCGAGCUUGGUCCGAUGUUUUUUUCUGUCAAAGAAACUGGCAAGAGCGGACGCGCCAAAAAGCAAGCUCUACAGCAUCUUAAUGAGAUGGAAGGUCAAAUGAAGGCUGCGGAGGCUGAGAUGAAGGCUCGGGCACAGGAGCAGCUCGAGCGCGAGCAGGCAUCCGUCCGAAAGCAAGAGAUAUUGACUCCUGGAAUGAAAGAGCCUGGCACUCCAGCAUCGUACAGAAAAACUCCUAAACGUUUGGGAUUGUAAAUACUUAUUCUAAAUAAAAAUCAUGAACUCGAAAAUAUUUUACAUACAAAAC